AUGGCACGCUCUUCUUCUCUGUUUGUCUACUGCCACCCGCCGCCUGUACCGCCGCCUGCUCCCCGGCGACGCCACCUGACAAUUCGCUGUGCGGUGGCAACGCUCUACGAGGUGCUCAGGGUGCCAGCGGGCGCCACAGGCAGGGAGAUCAAGGCGGCGUACAGGCGGCUGGUGCUGACGUGCCACCCCGACGUGGCCGGUUCUGGGGAUGAGUUCAUCCGGGUCCACGCCGCCUACGCCACGCUCUCCGACUCACACAAACGAGCGGAGUACGAUCACCGGGUGAUGCCUGCCGCCGCCGGAACCUGUUCGUCGCGGCGGCCGCGGCAACGGUGGGAGACGGAGCAGUGCUGGUAG